UCGUCAAUAUCCUGUCAUUCUUUGAGAGCAAAAAUUUAGAAACUUCACUUUCGAAUCUUGUUUAAAAUUUUAUGAAUCUUAAAACAUGGCACAAGCAUUUAUAACAACCCACAGAAACAAUUUCAGGUGGCAUCAACAAGAACGAAUUAAACCCAUCAUCGCUGGUUCUUAUGUUCCUGAUUGUAAUACAGAUAAGGACCGCUGGAUAGAAGUCGACGAUAGCGUAGACACAGAAGAUAAUGAAAAUUUUUCGAAGAUCAAAUUGGUAGUAAAACAAAUGCAUCUGAAGCGAAUGAGGUCAGUGUACCAAACUGAUUAUUGCAAAGAAAUAUCAAGAAAGCAAUCCAUAACCAUAAGUCCAGUAUCAUUGGAGAACGAAUCAUUCGAAAACGAAUUGUUAGAAAGUUGCAAAGUGUUGUAUACGAAGAAAAGAGACAAAAUUCUGCCACCUUUACCCAGUUCAAGACAAGGGUCAUCCAAAUCCUUUUGGUCGAUGGAGUACUACCAGAAGUUUUUCGAUGUUGAUACUAAAGAUGUUUUAGAUAGAAUCCUUGCCUCUGUCACCCCUAAGUGGGAUAACAAUUUAAAACAUCACUUACGGGCGAAACCAGACCUUUACGGACCUUUCUGGAUUUCCGUCACUCUUGUAUUCACUAUAGCUAUUAGUAGCAACAUUGCGAAUUACUUGCAACACGCAAACGAAACCUACCACUGGAGAUACGACUUCCACCUAGUAUCAUAUGCUGCCACAACUAUAUUUUUGUAUGUUACCUUAGUUCCUUCAAUACUGUGGGGUUUAUUGAAAUGGAGUAUGCAGGUCCACAACAUUGAAGGAUUAGAUGAAGACAUGUCACCUGGAGCUCUGGAACUGAUAUGUGUCUAUGGGUACUCCUUGUUCAUUUAUAUUCCGGUUUCAGUUUUAUGGUCCAUUCAGAUAAGUUUGAUGCAGUGGAUUCUGGUUUUGUUAGGAACUUUCAUUUCGGGUUCGGUUCUGUUGCUAACCCUGAUGCCAGCAUUGAGGCUAUCGAGGCACAAGUUGCUGCUCUGCUUAGGGAUUAUUUUUUGUCACUUAUUGUUGGCAGCAGGAUUCAAGUUAUACUUCUUUCAUGAUCCCAGUUCCAAAGUUGUUAUUUUGGAAACUACGAAAGCUGUUACCGAAGCAGUGCACAGUAAUUUGACCCUUGUAUCGACAAAGCCAAAGGAAUGAGAUUUUUUAUUUAUGUUUUAGUUUUAUUCAAAAAAAUGUUUGUACAGAUAACCUAUUAAUAUACAGAUUUGAUGUAAUAUGACGUUCAUUCGUCUCAAUCAAUUGAAUCAAACUCAGUGUUGAGAGUGUAUUGAUUAAUUAAAUAUACUUUCUAAUAAACCUUA